AUGGUUCGCAAGGACCCCAUCUUCGAAGCCCGCACAAAUGUCAAGCUCCACUCCAACCGCCUAAAGAAAGAGGCGGUCCGCGCCGAAGCAACGUACAAAUCAGAGAAAGCCAAAGCGGACAAAGCGAUGAAGAACCGCGAAUUCCAAAUCGCGCGCAUCCACGCCGGCUCGGCCGUGCGUGAAAAACGACGCCAAGUGACGCUGAAAUCCGAGGCCGCACGGGCCGACGUGAUCAUCAACGAACUCAAGGCGGCGCAGAGCACGCGGGAUACAUCACGGACGCUGGCGAUGGCGUCGCGGGGCCUGGACGCGGCGUCGAAGAGCGUGAACCUGGAGCAUUUGGUGGCGCAUGCGAACAAUUUCCUGGCGCGGUCGGAGGACUUUAAGAUUGCGAGUAGUGCGAUUGAGGAUGUGGCGCAGGGGGUGUCGAUGCAGGAGUAUGGGGCUGAGGGGGAGUCGGAGGUGGAUCGGAUGAUGGAGCAGUUGGCGGAUGAUGCGGGUGUUGAUAUGCGGCGGGCGUUGGAUGCGGAUAAGGCGCCGGAGGCGGAGGUUAAGGAGCAGCAGCAACAGCCUGCUGAGGUUGAGGAUGGAUUGGAAUCGAGAUUGCGGGCUUUGCGGGCUUUGACUUGA